UAUUUUUGUAACAAGUCUAUGUUUGGAGACGCUCAUCAAUGGAAAUACGAACUAAACGUGCAUAUUGUACAUUCAUAAACAAGAUGCAACAUCCUUUUUCUCAAUCAGAUUAGAGUCUAACACCCAAUCAUCUUCCAACUUGUCAAAGGCUUUGGAAAUUAAUGGCGUUUUAUUUUUAGUUGGGAGACAUGUGUUCCAGAGCGGAAGUGGUUUGUUCUGAAUCAAUGGCUUCGGAUUGUUCAGAAAAGCUGGAAAUCAGAACCAAUCAGAAUGGGCAAGAGAAGUUUUGCGGCAAGGACAUACCCACUUCAACCAACGUGACUGACAAAACCUUUCAAGUUAGUGUGACGAGAAAUUUACUUGACCAAGGCCAAUCCUUCCAGUGCAAGGUCAAAUGCACAGAGGAAAGAAUGGCAAUGGACAAGCGAUCCGGAGUCCAAGGCUACGAGGUUACCCCUUGUGGAGCGGUCGAGAACCUUUCGGACAGGGCCUUUGGCGAACCAGUUCGAAUGAAGAGUCACCCUGGAUUCGACGGGACAUCUCAUUAUGAGGAUUCCACAGACUGUAGAUUUACAUUCAAGAUGGGCGAAGUUUGCAAAGAGAUGACUAUUCAGUGUCCAUCCUUCAAGCUUUUCGGUGACGACACAAUUUGUAUGGACAAAGUGACCAUCGUUGAAGAUGAAUCUAAGCCGGACAAAGUUCGUAGGUUCUGCGGAAGUAAUGCGCCCUCGGUUAUCACCACCAGUCCUACCGUUCGGUUUAACUUCUUCUCGGAUGACACGGUCACCGACCUUGGCUUUGAGUGCCUGGCCUUUUGCUCGGGCAAAGUGGAACAGGCCCAUGAACUGAUCAGCUCCGAUGGGAACAUUGCGGGAUCCAAGGCGAAACGUGGAGAUGUCGAAGAGAACAAAUGCGAAUGCGGUCAGAGAAAUUUACUCAUGAGAAUCAUUAGUGGAUCCGUUACACAACAGCACGAAUUUCCGUGGCAAGCUGGCCUGGUCAAGACCAGCGAAAUCCAAAGUGGAUCGUUCCGCCCAUUUUGUGGGGGUACUCUCAUGAACGACCAAUGGGUCUUUACAGCCGCACAUUGUACUGAUAGGCAUCGAUACGAACCUGAGUUACUAUCCGUGGUUUUGGGGGAACAUGACGUCACUGAUCGAGACGAGAGUGUACUUUUCAUUUCGAGUGCCAAAGAAAUCAUAAUCCAUGAAUCAUACAAGAGGAGAUGGGUGGACUAUGACUUUUCGUUAAUCAAAUUGAAGAAACGGAUUGUGUUUAAUAACAUGAAUUGGUACAUCCGACCAAUCUGUUAUCCGAAACAAUUUCCCAUCAAUCCAACCCGAAAGGCAAUUGUCACGGGAUGGGGAGCGAUGAAGUCAGGCGAUUACGCCAACGCCUUGAAUAAGGUGGAAGUCGAUAUUUUCAACAGCACAGUAUGCGACGAACGCUCACAUUCUUUGUACACUGAGCGCAUGUUUUGCGCCGGAAUCGACAAAGGCGACAAAGACUCUUGUCAGGGGGAUUCUGGAGGCCCCUUGAUGUACCUGAAUGAUACGUCUGGAAGGUUCGAACUUCAAGGGAUCACUUCGUGGGGAUUCAGUUGUGGGGAUUCUUAUUUUCCAGGCGUUUAUGCCAGAGUCAUGGCCGUGAAAUCUUGGUGGGAAUCGAAAAUUGGUCCUCAAAAGUGUUCCGAGAGCCACUGAUCAAAGGAAGAGUUUCCCUCGGGGGUUCGCACUAGUCUGGAUUUUAUGAGAAGUACAACAACCUUGAUACAUGGAUUUUUUUAAAUCAGAAAUGAAAGCUCGAUUGCAUUGUAAGGGCAA